GACCAAAUCAGUACGACCGUUUCUCCCCAUCGUCCAGAGGGGUUUGCGCUUGUUGUUUAUGGUGGGUGCAAUAAUAGUCAGCACACGGACACGGCAAAAGAUCGGUACAAAAGCCUGCUGCGAUUUAAUCACACUCAAGCUUGGUUCCGCAGUGGUACACUAGUAGCGGGUGAAGUUUUUUCCGGUAAGCUACGUGGUAAGAAAAUCCAUACGGACAUGAUUCCGCGAGCAGUUGCGGGUAUUUUGCUGCUCUUCGUCGGCGGCUCGCUGGCCCUCUACUCGUCAUCGGAUGAUGUCGUGGCACUGACGACAUCCAACUUCGACAAGACCGUGCUGAAGAGCGACGAGGUCUGGGUGGUGGAAUUCUACGCCCCGUUCUGUGGCCACUGUCGCAGUCUGGUGCCGGAGUACCGCAAGGCGGCCACGGCACUCAAGGGCGUCAUUAAGGUCGGCGGCGUGAACUGCGAAGAGGAACAGGGCCUGUGUGGACAGCACGGCGUGCGCGGUUACCCGACGAUUAAGAUCUUCGGUGCGAACAAACGCUCCCCCGUCGACUACAAUGGACAACGCACGGCUAAGGACAUUGCGGAAGGUGCUCUGGCCGAGGCGAAGAAGAAGAUCAAGAACGUGCUCGGAGGUGGCAGCAGUGAAAGCGGUAACAGUGGCGGCGGCAGCGGCAGCAGCAGUGGCUCGAAGGACGACGUCAUCGAGCUGACCGAUUCCAACUUCGACAAGCUGGUGCUUCAGGGUGACGAAGCUUGGUUGGUCGAGUUCUACGCACCGUGGUGCGGCCAUUGCAAAAAUUUGGCCCCACACUGGGCAAAGGCGGCGACGGAUCUGAAGGGCAAGGUAAAGCUUGGCGCUCUCGACGCUACCGUACAUCAAGCAAAGAUGGCCCAGUACGGUGUGCAAGGAUUCCCGACGAUCAAGUACUUCCCGGCGGGCUCGAAAGAUCGCAACUCGGCGGAAGAUUACAACGGAGGUCGUACGGCAUCCGACAUCGUCAACUGGGCACUGGACAAGUACACCGAGGACAUCCCCAGUCCGGAGAUCGUGCAGCUCACCUCGGAACAGGUGGCCCGGGACACGUGCGAGAAGAAACCUCUGUGUGUUGUGGCCGUUCUGCCGCACAUUCUCGAUUGCGACGCGGAAUGCCGCAACCGGUACCUGGACAUCCUGAAGACCAUGGGCGACAAGUACAAGAAGAAGGAAUGGGGCUGGCUGUGGACGGAAGGAGGCACCCAGCUUGAGUUGGAAUCGACGCUCGACAUCGGUGGUUUCGGCUAUCCGGCCAUGGCGGUGGUGAAUCUGAAGAAGAUGAAAUACUCGCUGCUGCGCGGUUCCUUCUCGCAGGAUGGUAUUAACGAGUUCCUGCGGGAUCUUUCGUUCGGUCGGGGUCACACCGCGCCGGUGAAGGGUGCCGAGCUGCCAAAGAUCCACAGUGUCGAGCCGUGGGACGGCAAGGAUGGACAGCUACCCGAGGAGGAGGAGCUCGAUCUGUCCGACGUCGAUUUGGACGAGAAGGACGAGUUGUAAACAACCGCCGGAAUCUACCCGGUAUAUCUUCCCAUGGAAGCGCUUCGUGUGCUCUAGUAGUUCGUAAGCAUCUCGGGUUAGGAACAUGCAACAAGUCGAACAUUCACACAAACUUUGAGUCAUUGCAUUUACUUACACAAUCAGUCGUCGCGCUGUUGCGUUGUGAAUACAAAAAACACGGUUCUCGAACGGGGGAAUCGCGUUGCGACACGGCGAAAACAAAAAGGCUAACACGAUAAUAAAGAACUGAUAGGAAAUCGUAA